CUUUGAGGCUUGGUUUCGACGAGGAAAAGAAGCAGUGAGGAGGUCGCCAGACCGAGGUACGAUUUAACGUAGGUCGGAUCUGGUUUCGUUUUGGUUUAUUCGGUUGUAUUUUUGGAUUUCUGGGUUCUAAUAUGUUUUUUUGGUUGGGGCGGAGGAGAAGAAGGGAAUCUUUGGCGGCUAAGAUCCCUACCGACAAAAUUUCGCCGGCGAUGAGUUGGACAACGGCGGCGGCAGGUUUUGAAAUUGACAGGACUGGGUUUGUGAUCUGGUUUGGGCUCAAAGUAGGAGGGCAAUGACUUCAAUAUUGUAAUUAGUUCUAAUUCUCGCUUUAUUUAGAGGUCAUUACCCAAGUUGUACAAUGUAUCAACUUUGAAUAUUGAUAAUAAAGCUCAUUCCACUUCAA